AUGGCCGAAGCCGUGACAGAAACCUCUCCACUGCUACCGACGGUGUCGGAGCCGACCACUACCCCGGAAUUUCCUCGUCCCAAUUCCAAGCGAACCGUCACGUUCAAUCCGAACCCUGUCACGCGAACCAUUGAGCCCGAACGACAACCUCUCCGCCGCCGCAUUGCCACAAACAUCGAUGUCGCUCGCGCAUCUGGACAGAGGUCUCCCGGCGGCUCGGGUCCGCCCACCCCCACGAGCUCAAUAAGCACUGGCAGUCUCGCCGGCGCGCCGCCAAUGCUGGCCGCACUCAACUCUAAACUACGCCGCCGUAACUCCCACGGAGGUACCCAAGGUUCCAUGCCGGGCUCCAACAAUCUACUACCAGCCCCCGGUGGAGCAGGUCUUGUCGCGGGGGCCGGCCACCUACCCAAGAUCGGGCCUCAGCGUAGCACCAAGAAGGCGCAGAAGCUCAAGCUGCUUCCCACGCCCGAACUCGCCGACGACGGUGACGAUGACCAGGAUGAGGAGAGCGGACGUGAGGUCUACAGCCAGUACACGCGUAUCAAGGACCCCAAUGCCAGACGAGACGCCGCCAGGCUGGGCAAGGCAGAUCGCGACCGUCUGCCGCGCGUCACGGCAUAUUGCACCGCCAACAAGUACCAGAUGGAUGGGCUGAUGCACUGGCUAAAGGGGAGCAGGAGCAGAGCAAAGGGAGCAAACCCCAAGCUCAUUGAUGAGUGUAUAUAUACGCCGUACCAAUACCGAGAUACGCCCCCGCCGCCCCCGGGACGUGGCGCCAGGAUUCGCAGAGUUGCCAGUGCUCAGAAUGCUGCUGACGCUGCCGAGGAUGCCGCGAGAGCUGCCGCCAACGGUGAUGAAAGUACUAUGAGGGCCGAGGCAGCCAGUGAUUCACCGGAGCCGAUAUCUACACAGAGGCGACACUCGACCGGUGAUGUCGACGCCACCCCGCCCCGAUUCAGCCAGGAGGCCCUGAUAGAUCUGGAGCCAGAGUCCAUCUCUGAUGUACAAGAUGUACAAGAUGGACAAAACGAAGUACGUAUAGAGAGCCCCAGAGAAAGGGACCACGCAGGAAUAUCAAGCAGCCCACAAGAACGUGACCACGACCAUGGUCACGACCAUGAUCAAUCACCCAGCUCGGCAGACCAUAGGGAUGAAAUGAUCAGCACCCACCACGAGCCCAUCAACCAGCGACCUGCCGAUUUUGACAUUGAGGUACACACCCCGGAGGUCUUCCUCUUCGACUACGGCGUGGUGGUGAUCUGGGGCAUGACGAUGGCACAGGAGCGGAGGUUUCUCAAAGAAAUUGCCAAAUUUGAGACUGAGAAACUGGCGACCGAGGAGGUCGAGACUGAACACUUUAACUUCUACUACACCCGCGAGUAUCAGCCCAGGAUAUACAACGACUUUAUUACUCUUCGUGACAAGCACAACUACAUGACCAAGCUGGCCAUUUCACAUGCGUUGGCACAAAGUGUCAAGACCUCUCUCUUCGAGGAGCUUAUCGCUUCCACCGUCGACACGUGCAAGGACAUUCCGACGCAGAUUGCCCUAACGGGCAAGAUCAAUCUUAGCAGGACGCAGAUCAACAUGCAGAUCGGCGAGCUUUUUAUCCUGAGGAUCAGCAUCCACCUUAACGGCUCCGUACUUGACACGCCAGAGCUUUUCUGGGUCGAACCCCAGCUCGAGCCGCUAUACGCCGCUGUCCGGUCCUAUCUCGAGAUGGACCAGCGCGUUGGCCUGCUAAACGAACGACUGGACGUCAUUGCGGACUUGCUUGCAGUGCUUAAAGACCAGCUGAGUCACGGCCAUGGUGAGAAGCUUGAGUGGAUCGUUAUUGUACUGAUUGCAGCUGAAAUCCUCGUUGCUGCUGUUAACAUUGUUGUAGAUUUAUAUGCGGGCGUCGACUAG